AUGAACAAAAAAGAAAACCUAUUAAGAUUACAUGAUAGGGUUAAAAAAGAGUUGUUUGUUUAGAACAACGAAGAGGCUACAAUUCAAAAAUUAAGUCCUUAAAUUCUUGAAUAUGUUUAAUGUUCAAGUCAUGGCGAGUUGAUGGAGGAAACAUUUUAGAUUUCAAUAGAUUAAAGAAACAGAAAAUUUCAAGACGAUUAUUAAAUAGGCAAAAUAUUAGGUGAAGGUGCACAUUCUGUUGUUAGAUAGUGUUGGUAAAUAUCAAAUCCAGAUGAAACUUAUGCAGUCAAAAUUACUCGUAAUGGGGAUCCUGAAAUUAUGGGAAUUAUGAAGCAAACCUUCCUAAAUACGCUGAAACUAAACAAUCCUUUAAUUGUCAGAACAUAUAAGUUAUAUAUAGACACUAAUACGGAAUGCUCUUAUUUAGUAAUGGAAUAUUUACCUUAUCCUAGUCUACAUGAACUACUAAAACAAAAUGUACUUACAUAAGAGAAUAAACUAUCAAUUAUACGAUAAUGUUUGGAAGCAACUCACUAUUUGCAUAGGAUGGGGCUAUGCCACAGAGAUCUUAAACCAGACAAUAUUUUAUUUGAUUAAGACACUUCUACUAUUAAAAUUAUUGACUUUGGAGUAUCCAAAAGAUUUAUCACAACUUAAUAGAGAGAUAUUCAAGUCUAAUUGUUGUGGACAAUAACUGGAAAUGAAAAUUACAGGGCACCUGAAUUGUGGAGCGGUUCUGGUUACAAUGAGUUAAUAGACGUUUGGGCAAUAGGAGUCAUUGCUUAUUAAAUGUUAUGUCAUAAGUUACCAAUCACCAAUGAAAAUAGAAUGGAGUUUAAUGAAAAUGAAAAUCAAUAACAAUAUCUUUUGUCAACUGAAUUCAAAUCUCUGGACUCGUUAUCCCAGGAUUUACUGAAAAGAUUAUUAUCAUUCAAUCCAAAUAAAAGAAUUACUGCCUCAUCUUUAGUGCACCCUUUGUUGUAUUAAACCUAUUCAAUAUCUCAAUUAUAAUAUAUGAAAUUAAAUUCGAAAUAAUAUACAAAGGAUGAUAUGUUGAUGAAUAACAAAAUUUAAAUUACUGCUCAUUCAAGUCAGGCAAUUAAAUAUUUAUAGCAAUCAUAAGAAGAUCACCAGAAUGUAACUCAUGAUUUUAAAAAUAAAUGUUUUAUUGAUGCAAUUCAUUAAACAGAUAAAGACACUUCAUAACAAAUGAGAAAUAGGUCAAUCCAUUUCUAAUAAUCAAUUAAUUCACUAUGCCAAUCCAUAUCAACUAAACCAGAUGAGGUUAAAGAAUUUUUUGACAUUGUUUAAAAAUGUGAUAGUCAUUCUAGUUUGGACUCUUUGGAUGAUAGAAUUAAGGCAAGCAGUAGUCCUCCAAACGGUUUAGAUAUUAUAAACGAAGAAGAAGCAGACACACCACUUUUUAUGAAUAAAAUUAAAUAAUAAUAAUAAGAAUUUUUAAUUGAAUGA